GCCUAUUUGCACCCAGUCAUAUGUCCUACAACUUACUCGCUAAUAAGUCCGAGGAGCCCACGCUGGUAGAAAUGACGGAAACAGCCAUUAAGGUGCUAUCAAAAGGUGACAACGGUUUCUAUUUGUUCGUCGAGGGCGGACUCAUCGACUGGGCGCACCACAGUAACCUGGCGCAGCUGGCUCUCGAUGAGGCUGUAAUGUUGUCGAAGGCGGUGGAACGGGCCACUGAGUUGACGUCCUCAAAAGAUACUCUGAUCGUGGUCACAUCCGAUCACUCACAUACCAUGACUAUCAACGGUUACCCGAGCCGCGGUAGUGAUAUUCUGGGACAUCCAAAUAUCGCCUCAACAGACAAAAUGCCGUACUCUACGCUCAGUUACGCCAACGGUCCGUCCGCUAAAGAACGGUACAACUUGACCAACGACAAAACUGAUCAACCCGAAUACCGGUUUCCGUCGAUGGUAAAUUUGACGUGGGAGACACACGGUGGCGACGAUGUCGCAGUUUUCGCUUCGGGUCCGUGGGCUCAUCUGUUCGUCGGAAACUACGAACAAAACUACAUACCACACGCGAUAAGUUACGCAGCCAAAAUGGGACCU